ACGAUGUUCGUUUGGUUUUAAUUGUGAGAUUUCUCCGUUCUCGUGCAAGUUCUUCUGAAGUUUUUUUGCGAAAGAAGAAAUGAUCGUCCAUAGCUGAAAGAGUACUUUUGGUAUUUAUACGUUAAACUAGGGAGGAAUCUUAACGAGCAUAUAAAGACUUCUGGUGAAAGCUGAAGAGUUGUCGAAUCAGUUUCUUCUUCACUUCCUCGUGUAUCAAAUAUCAAGUGCUCGUUGUCUUUGUAGAGCAUGAUUGUGUUAAUGGCCUUCUUGGCUUCAUAAAAUUCAGCAAAUUUGGCUUGGCAUAAAUUAAUACUUCAAGAAUCCUCAAACUAGGAAUUAGUUAUUGUUUAAAGCAAGCAUCAAUGAAGAAAUCAUUUAUGUUGAAGAACAAUUUAACAGUUCGUUUCAACUGAACUGGAACAUUUAAUUAUGUUAACUGUAUUGAGUUAACUGGACUGAAUGAGUUAUUUGGACGUAUGGUUCAAGUGAGAUCCUGUCAUUUACAACCAACAUUUGUUCUUUGUGGAACGAUUAGUCUGUUGCUUGCUUAUUGACAUUGACGUUCAUUUGACAAAGCUGUUCCUAGAGAAGGAAAAAUUGUUAUGCUGUAUUGCUUAAUCUGUGAAUUUGUUGACAGAUUUGAGGUUUUGACAGAAUUGCAAGAAGGAUUCAUGAUGACGUCAAAGAAUGACGGCUGGUUUUACUACAACGCGUCAUGCACUAAAAUAUCUCAAUGUUUUUACGAGAACCAACCGACCGGAUGCUUGAACAUCAGUUGUCCUUUCGUUCAUACCAAACCACGGCCGUUGCUUACCAAUCCCCCGGGCAUACCUCAGAUAUUUCAACCAAGAAUUCCUGUAAUUCAUAAUUUAUUCGGAAAUAACUUGGGUAAUAAUCCUAGAGCUGGACUCCCUCGAUUACAAAAUCCUCGGUACAAUCGAUUUCCUGGUCAAGUUGAUCUACGAUCGGGACAGAUGACUAAUUCAUCCUUUCAUAUACUUCAAUCAAAUCAAUUUCGUCCCGACAAUAUGGAUCCUGCUACGCAAAGCAACUUUUCUCUUUCCCAACACAAUUUUUACAAAGUGCAAAAUGAGGCAGGAAAGACUGAAAUGAAUGCAGAUAAUGCUGAAAGAUUAAACUUAGGGGAUGGUUUGCUUCCUGCACCUUUAUAUCCAUUACCUUUGCCUGGACUGCCUCCAUUAAAGAUAGAUUCUAAUUCCCGUGAUCAGGCGUUAAAAAAGAAAAUGUUACGUGUGUCAGCAAAGAAUUCUUAUAAACGUACUGUGAAAAAGUAUGAAGGGAUAAGAAAUAUAAAAUAUAACAGACAUUCAAAACGCCGUGAGAUAAGGAAGCAAUCUUCACAUGAAGAUUCAAACGUUAAAAAGAGAAGGAAAGGGAAAAAAAGUAAAAAUGAGAAAGGGUAUUCAAAUCAAAAACAUGAAGAAAAACACGAAGGCUUAUCGAAAUCGCAUCAAGAUUCGGUUAAUAUUAAAUGGGAAAAUGAAAAAUCUGGAGAGGAAAUCAAUCAAAAUAGCGAUAGUAUUGAUGACAGUUUUGUUGAAGUAAAUCUUGCAUUUAAAGUGAAGUCGUUGGAGGAAAUUUUACGCGAGAAAGCGUUGAAAAAACUACGCGAACACCAAAAAAAUAAUUCUGAUGCAGGAAAUAAUGAAGAGCGUUCAAAUAUAUCAACGACCUGCGCGCAGAAAGAGGAUCCAAACUCGGAGGACACAAAGAAAUCUUGUGUGGAAAUUUCCAAUAACCUUAAUGAAAAUGUCACUUUCGAGAGGAACAAUGAUCUUGACAGUGGUGUGAAGCCGGUAAAUAUAUUGAAAACGCAGUCGUCGGAUUCGCGGAUUAGCCAUUUUCCACCUCUUAAACCUCUUGUCACUCGUAAAAUAAUUGUUGGAAAGAGCUCUCAAAAUAAUGAGCAAACACCUGACGCAAUGUUAGUUAGUGGAAGCGAGAACUUAAACGUUCGACCGUUACCGCCUUUACGAAGGCUUUCGAAAGUUUCUAAAGAUGUUAAUUCACGUGACAUGGCUAUGAAAAGAAGUUUGGAAUCACGUGCGGACGAUGUUGAAAUUGUUCCUAUUAUGAAAACUCAAAAAAUCGAUAAGAUAGUUUUAAAUGACGACAUUGACCAAUCUCCUGAGAAAUUUAAUCUUAAUGAAGUUGAUAUAUCUUCUACUAAUUCAACAAGCAAUGAAUUCAGAAGUUUAAACAAAGAAAUGACGUUACCACUGUUGGCUAAGAAACGGUCACGAAAAGUGGUGGUUUUAAAUCCUAGAACAAAAGACGCUAUGGAUAUGUUAACAACUGGAGUAUACACAGAAAGAGAUGAUAGUAUUUCCUUAUCAAAGAACGAUCCAUUCAGUUUAUGCAAAGAUAUUUAUGAUAGCGAUGACAAAAGUCACUCUGAACGUAGAAGUUUGCUAAAAAGCAUGACUGAUGCACAAAUGAACGACAUUCAAGGUAGGAAUCGUGUCAUAAAGAAACCGGAUGUGUCAAUAGUUAAACCGUUUGGUACAAUACCAAUGAAGUUAGGACAAGAUAACAAUGAAACAAUUAUUCCUUUGGAGAAGGAUAAGCAAAAGUCUGACAUUGACGACAGUAUUUUGAAUGAUCAAGAAAAUGGUCAGGUUUCAUUGUUUCAAUCGACAACCGGUACAAAAGCGUUAGGAAAACAUGUUAUGGAAGACGAUAAGUUAAAAUCAACAUGUCAAACCGAAGAACGAGCAAAAAUGGUUGUACACAACGUAGAGCCAAAAAUUGCAAAGAAUGAGCCUAAACGAAUGAUAAAGUUGAACCGCGGACCACUAAAAGAACACGAGAAGGGAAAGUCAUAUACUUCAUUGAACGCAAGUGGUCGAGCGAUAAAAGUUAUCAAAAUAAAAAAGCAAUCAGAGAAAGUAAACGUAAAGCGCGUGGAGAUCUUGGAAGCGCAAAAUCAUACUAUCAAUGCAAACGAAGUUGUGAAAGAUGAAACUGGCAAUACGUCCAAGGCAAAAAAUUUUAUUGGAUGUGUUACGUCAAAGGAUAGUAAACAUGAACUUAAACAGGGCAAUAAAUCAUCUGUUGAAUUUGAUACCUCGAAGUCAUUGUGUGCUAAAGCGUAUGAUGUGGGCUGGGAACUAGAGAAAAAAGUUGGAGAUGUGAAUGAACGAAGAAUUGAUAUGAACGAUACUGUUUUAUCGACGGUCUCGUGCAAUGCUUUAGAGGAUAAGGAAUCCAAUUCUCGAGUUCCAUCGAUACCAGAAAUACUCUGGAAAAGACAGGAAACCAGAAAUUCAAAGCCACAAAAUAACUCUGAUGGCGAUUUCUUGGACUUUGAUGAUAUCGAAGAUGAAGGAGAGAAUUAUCUCGAAGAAGUUUUGGCCGAACUGCCUCCUGAUGACGCAGUUGUGGAUGACGUAGAUGAUGAAUAUGAUAAUAAUCUUUUACUUGAAAUGGAAGAAAUACUCAAUUCAUAACGUGGGGUUAAAGAACGUUAUCAGUGUCUGUUGCUGUUUCGUAUCUCGUGUUAAGCAUUCCAAGAACACCGGAUUUAUGCGUUUGUUUUACACUGUUGUCGUGAAAGCGAGGUGAAUCGAGAUGUGAUGGUAUUUUACUGAAAAUAAGAACAACUUAUCUUUGCUUGAUAUAAGUAAAAUACCAUAAGGUCAACAUCAUAUACGUGAAGAGCAGUGCUAAAAAACUUCUCAGACAACUUAUCUUUGCUUGAUAUAAGUAAAAUACCAUAAGGUCAACAUCAUAUACGUGAAGAGCAGUGCUAAAAAACUUCUCAGACAACUUAUCUUUGCUUUAUAUAAGUAAAAUACCAUAAGGUCAACAUCAUAUACGUGAAGAGCAGUGCUAAAAAACUUCUCAGACAACUUAUCUUUGCUUUAUAUAAGUAAAAUACCAUAUGGUCAACAUCAUAUACGUGAAGAGCAGUGCUAAAAAACUUCUCAGACAACUUAUCUUUGCUUGAUAUAAGUAAAAUACCAUAAGGUCACCAUCAUAUACGUGAAGAGCAGUGCUAAAAAACUUCUCAGACAACUUAUCUUUGCUUUAUAUAAGUAAAAUACCAUAAGGUCACCAUCAUAUACGUGAAGAGCAGUGCUAAAAAACUUCUCAGACAACUUAUCUUUGCUUUAUAUAAGUAAAAUACCAUAAGGUCAACAUCAUAUACGUGAAGAGCAGGGCUAAAAAACGUCUAAGAGAUUAUUGUCGAACAAACCCAACUACACCUUAAAUUCAUGUUCAAAUUGUGCGGUGAGUUUUUACCAUCAAAACAUAGGUGUACUCUACGUUACAUUUAUUCGUCAUUUUUGUGCUCAAUUAUGUGGUCGCCGGCACAAAAUGCUUGAAUAUACUUGAAAUUUUCCUUUUUGUUAUUGAGACAAUUAAUAUUUUGGAAAAAAACACUUAUGUAAAAGUAUAUAGUAUGAUGAUUUCUCUGUAUAACAAUGCGUCGAAACUUCUCUCAGUUUGUUGUUAUCUGCCUAUCAAAAAUGUUGAUAAAUAUGUCAUGAAAAAAAUUUUAUUUCCUCUCACUAUACGUACAUAUGGUUGUUCUAGUAAUUUAGUUACAUGUAUGUCAAAGACUUUGUUUUAUUAACGUUUGAAUAAUAAGUUGAAAAAGUGAA